AUGAAGGAUUCCUCCGCCGGCGCCGCCGUGGACAACGCCGCCCGCGACGGCAACAAGGCGUUGAAUUCGGGUGGCUCAGGCUACCUUUUGGUGAGAAGGGUUAUGCAACUCAGCAUGUUCCUUGUUGGGUUUGCCGUGUUGUGGAUGUUUCUCUAUAACUCUGCUUCUCCCUUUGGAUUCCCAACCUUUUCACAUUACUUCGUGGAUGACUCGUCAAAGGGUGAUUAUGAUCAAAAGCUAGAGAGUGUUCUUAGAAAUGCAUCUACGAAGGAUAAGACAGUGAUACUCACAACUUUGAAUGAUGCAUGGGCAGAACCAGGUUCAAUGUUUGAUCUCUUUCUUGAGAGUUUUCACAUCGGGAACCAGACAGAGAAGCUCUUAAAUCACUUGGUGGUAGUAACUUUGGACGAAAAGGCCCAUACUCGUUGCCUUGCUAUACAUAAACAUUGUUACCGACUUGAAACUCAAGGUGUCAAUUUCACCGCUGAAGCAUUUUUCAUGACCCCAGAUUACCUAUUCAUGAUGUGGAGAAGAAUUGAAUUUCUUGGUUCUGUUCUUGAAAUGGGGUACAGCUUUGUGUUCACGGAUGCAGAUAUAAUGUGGCUUAGAGAUCCAUUCAACCAAUUUUACUUGGAUGCAGAUUUCCAAAUAGCUUGUGAUUUUUUCAAUGGCUAUCCAAAUGACUUGAAGAACAUGCCAAAUGGUGGGUUUAAUUAUGUGAAAUCUAAUGACAGAACAGUUUGGUUCUACAAGUUCUGGUUCAACUCAAGGACAGCCUACCCAAGGUUGCAUGACCAGGAUGUGCUCAACAAGAUAAAAAGGAAUGCCUUAAUUUCCGACAUGAAGCUGAAGAUCAAGUUCCUUAGCACUAGUUAUUUUGGAGGGUUUUGUCAGCCUAGUAAGGAUCUUAACGAGGUCACAACAAUGCAUGCCAAUUGUUGUGUUGGUUUAGAGAACAAAGUCAAUGAUCUUAAAAUUUUGCUUGAGGAUUGGAAGAAGUACAUGGCAUUGUCUGAAACCCAGAAAAAACAAUCACCUCCUUCUUGGAGAGUACCAGAUAGCUGCAGGACGUCCUUUCAACGUGCCAAACAAAGGAAGAAGAACAGAGGGAGGAGGUUGUGACCAUUGUUUCAUGUUUGCAUAAAGAGGUUGGAGAAUGACUCAGUCUAGUUUCGGAUCACAGCAAAAGAUUUACUUUGACAAACUAAUUCUUGUGUUGGUAAAGAAAUGUGUAGAAGUGGUACACAAAUUGAAAAUGAAUGCCAAGGG